AUGUCUCUCAAUCUCGAAAAGCAGCUUCUCUUUUACGGUUCUUAUCAUCACAACCCCAUCAAUAUCGCUAUCCACAUCACCUGUGUUCCUCUGAUCUUGUUGACCGCCUUCCUCUUCUGCACCAACACCCCUGCUAUUCCUCUUCCCGAUGCCAUCACCAUCCCCAACUUGCCCGCCAAUCUAGGCACCAUCGUAGCCACGCUCUACUCAACUCUCUAUAUUCUCAUGGAACCUGUCGCUGGAGGAAUGCUGGCUCCCCUUCUUCUCUCCGCCACUGCUUACGCCAAUCACCUCACCUCAACCUACGGCAUGAUGGCCAAUUACUAUGCUAUCGGCCUGCACGUCUUUGCUUGGAUUGCUCAGUUCGUUGGUCAUGGUAUCUUCGAAGGUCGGGCUCCUGCCUUGCUCGACAACCUCGUCCAGGCUCUGUUCUUGGCUCCUUUCUUCGUCUGGCUGGAGAUCCUGUUCUUCCUUGGAUAUCGCCCCGAGCUUAAGGCUAGACUCGACCAAUCUGUCACCAAGGAGGUUGCCAAGUUCAAGGCUUCAAAGACUUCGAACGGCAAGGCCAAAGCCAACGAUACUGCCAACGGUGCAGCUCACUGA